AUGGCUCCGUCGUCUGGCAUGACACGCUUACAGCACAUGCUCAACCCCCCGCACACCCAGCCACAACAACCGGGCGCACCUCCGCCGACAACUCGCUCACAAUCGCUCGUCGACGUCGGCCGCUCGCUCAAACAGCUCGUGCAGGACGAAUGGGCACGGUCGAGCCAUUCUCGUGACGAGGACCCGCUCCCACCGCCUCUCCGCCCACAGACAGGCUCGUCCCAACGAAGCUCAUCCGUCCCAUCAUCGCGCCGCUCGAUCCCAACCGUCUUUGCAGGCUUGAAACCGGCGUACCUCCCACCUUCGCCGCCUCUCUCGCCCGAGACGCCGCAGAUGGGGUUUGCGCCGCCGCCUGGGCUGCCUCCGCAGGGGGAGAAGGUCAGAGGGAGUGCGAUAGAGACGGAGGAUGAGGAUGCGGCGAUGAGGGUCGCCGUGCAGGCGAGCUUGAGGGACGCGCCGCAGGCCACUCCUCCGGCCGUACGGGACGAGUUGGAGGAAGCGCUCGCCACAUCGAAAGAGGAAGAGGCCGCCCGCCAACAGCGCAUCUCGGCACAAGAACAAUCCGACCUCGACGCCGCUUUGCUCGCCUCGUCGCAAACUCAACACGCUCGUGCUCCCUCGACCCUCCCAUCUCGCACAGCCUACCUCCCCCGCCUCUCCUUCGAAUUCGACUCUGACCCGCCUCCCUCCUUCCUCCCAACCGAAUCGGCCCCCUCCGCCUAUCCAGCCGAGAAAUCCCUUCUGUUCCCUCAAGGACGCCCAGCACUCCCGCCUGGUGCUGCGGCGGCGUGGGACGACGAGAGCAGGGAGAUGGAGAUGCUUGCGCUUGCGAUCAGGAUGUCGGAGGAGGAGGAGAGAGAGAGGAAGAGGUUGGAGGAGAGGGAGGUCGAGGAGGUUGUGAGGCGGAUUGAGGGCGAGAGCGCGAGUGCGGGAGGGUCGACGGACGAAGAGGGGAGCUCGACGGGCCAUGAGGGGAGGAAGAAGGGAAGAAGAAGGUCGUGGGUUCAGCCGCCGCUGGCUUCCUCCCUUUCGCGGACUUCUUCGCCGCCUCUUCCGCCGGCCCCUCCUGCACAAGCUCCUCCAAGACCCGCCGCGCCGAAAGAGACGAUGUCGGCGACGACGAUGGCAAGCUACCGCACCGCGCCCGAGACGCCAUUCAGCAACCUCACGCGCAUCGGCUCCGCGGAGAGUCAGGCUUCGACGGCCUCGGAAACGCACCCGCCGCCUCCUCGUCGCGCACCUCCUCCCCCUCCCGCACCACAACGACUUCCCCCAACUCCACCCGACACACCUCAAGUUCCGCAAUCCUCCACCCUCCCCGCUCCUCCUGCCGUUCCCCCUCGCCCACACCCACCUCCCGGACCCUCGUCCGCCUCUUCUCACCACCUCUCAGUCAGCACCGACUCGACGCGCGACUCGGGCUCGCCACUCGAGAUGCCUUACCUCACUCCCUCGAGCUCGUUGCGCAGCUCGAAUCGCGCCGAGAGGGAGGCGAGACCUGCGAUUGCGGGGUUCUUUGAUGAGGUUAUUGAUGCUGAGGGGGCGGAGCGGGAGAGGAGGGUGAGCGGGUCGACGAGUCGGUCGAUUGACGAGGAGGAGGAAGAGGGCUUGACGUCUGCUUUGUCGGUUCGCAACCCCGACUCGCGCCAAUCUACUCUGAGCUCAACCACCUCCACCUCGUCCUCCUCGUCUUCCGCCUCCGCCGCUGCGCCAAACCCAGACCCAACCUGGGACCCCUCGGACCUGCCCGUCUUCCCCUCGGCCUCAAUGGGCAUCUCAGCCUAUGCGAACCGCUCAAUGUCGGCUAUCGACGAGGCGACGGAGCCGGCUUCGAGUAUUGGUGGGGGAGGGGAGGAGAGCAGGCAGGGGAGCUUCCCGAGCACGGUUUCGGUUGAGCCGGCCGAGGGAGCGAGGAGUGAGGGGGAGUGGUUGAGGGGUCUGGGGGGAGCAGAAGGCGAAAGGGGAGGAGUGCAAGUGGGAAGGUCGCCUGAACCGACGGCGGGUUCGUCCCUCGACACGCCUGCGACGCCCGUCGCUCCUGCGCCUCCUCGCAGGACAGACUCGGCCACGCCCAUCCCGCCCGUCACGCACGCCGACGGCAUGCGCUUCGGCUACCCCGCCGAGUGCGCCCACCAACUCGGCCAUGUCUGUCCGCAAGACGGCUUGUCGAACCAAGGCGCCGUGCCCGAGGCGAUCGAACUCGGCACUUCGGCGUCGUCAGCGGGCGAGAAGCGCGAUAGCUGGGCUAUCGAGGCGCAGUCGUGGGUUGCGCUGCUGAGGUCGCUCAUGUGGUACGGGGACACGACGGUCGUCGCUUCCGCCGCCGACAUCGCCGCCAGUGCGACUGCCCGAUGCGCGGCGAACGCCUCGCUCGAGUUUCGACCCGACGACGAAGGUCUCCCAGUCGUUCGACUCAUCAUCUCGCUGGUCCCGCCGCACGAGUCAACUCUCCGACUUGCCGCUCACCGCGAGUUGAGCGUUCAGAAGGCCAACGUCGCCGACUCCUCCGCCAAGGGGAAGGGCAAGGCUCGCGCAUCAACCACGGCUCCGCAAAUGUCCUUCCACCUCCCCGACGUCCUCCACCUCCCGACGCGCCUCUCCAGUCUCGCGAUUCAGCUUUACUCGCUCCGUCACCUCGCCUCUAUCGCGCGCGCUACGCAGCCAGCCAAGUCACCUCCGCCUCCGUCGCUCGGCUCGUCGGGCGAAGUGGAGGGUUACGCUGCCCUGCGCGAGUUGGCAGACGCAAUCGCGCUCCUCGCCAAGGCUGCGCAUGACCGGCACGCGUCUGCACCAGCUUCUUCGACAGGCGCGGAGACGCAGACGAGCGCUCCGCAGACGCCCUCACCGUUCGCUGGAACGUCCACCGCUCCAGGUGGCGCAGGACAACCGCCGAUGCUCGGUCGCGCUACUCGCGAGGAUCAAGCCGAGCGCCUCAUCGACCGAUUGCGCGACCGCCUCCGUCGUCUCAAGCGCAGCAGUCCAGCGUCGACUCCAUCUGUCCCGCCCACCGCCGACGGGAGCAGCGCAGACUACGACGAAGAGCACGCUCGCCCGAGCUUCACGAGCCGGUUUUCGUCAACCCAGCACGGUUCGACGGGCGCUGAUGGGCGAACGCGGCUCGUCAAGCCUCCGCCGCCGUCGAGGGUGACGCAGGUGCCGAGGAGCGAGCGAGUGUUGAUUGCGCAGGCGAACGACGAAGUUGCGCGAGCGCCGCCUGAGGUCGAGCAAGGUGGAGCAACUACGCCUCAAGCAGAGCUGGAUCGACCGCCCCUUCCGCCGAGGGACACGAGGAGGAGCGAGCAGGCUGGACGGGCGAGGAGCGGGAGCGUGCCGACGGAGAUGAGGUACAUGCCGGUUCUCGGAGCGCGCUGA